AUGAUUUUUAGAUACCACUGCUAUGCUGUGUGGCAUAGACAUAAUUUCAAGGGAUAUCAAUUAUGCAAUAAAUAUUUUUUACAAAAUUGUUUAACCAUUAUUAAUAAUAAAACGAAACGUAUACUGAGCUAUGGGAUAAACGAAAAGGAUGAAAUGCGAAGGGAGGGAGAAAAUGAAGAUAAAAAAGAUCUCGAAAUUUCUUUGUAUUUGUCAAAGCGUACUGUAAUAAACUCAAAAGAAAAAUCGCUUAACAACAUCUAUCCUUACUAUAAAAGUAAUUAUUAUAUUAACAAAAAUAAUGUAUUUGUCGAUAUGGAAAGCCUAUUUUGCAAUGAUAAAAAAUUUUUUAGUGGUAGGAGUGUAGGAUUAAAAAGAAAAAAGAAAAGAAAAGAUGAAAGAGUGAUAAAUACUUGUUUAGGAAAAAGAUUAGAAUUCUUUUAUCCCAAGAAAAAACGAAGACAACGCAUUGGUUUAAUUCAAAAUAGUAGAAAAAAUAUUGUUUACGAUAAUAUUUUAAAAAGAUUUUUAGUGUAUUAUUAUAAACAAGGUAUUCAAGUUUUUAGAAGUUUUAGCUGUAAAAAGAAAAGAAAAUUUGAAUCUGCUAGAAAUAAAGCUAUCAUAUUAUCCAAACAGUUUCAAAAAAAAUAUACCAAACAAAAAGAGAAAGAAGAAAAAAGUAACAAAACUCCUUUAAGUAUACAUAAUUGUAGUAAUUUAAUGACUAAAUAUGAUCAUGAUGUAAGAAAACAAAUAAAAAUUGUGCCUGAUAAAAAUAAAAGCGGGUAUAGAGGUGUCUUCUACGAUUCCGCUCAUCAUGCAUACAUAUGUACUUACAACGAAGCAGGAAUACGAAAAUUUCAAAUUUUUAAAAUUGAAAAUAAUGAUUAUCUUGAAGCGUAUAAUUUAGCUGUUAUGUGUCGUAGAUAUAAACUUUUCAAGAAUUUUCAAUUCGUGUCUCAAAGAAAUAGAGUAAGGAGUGGACGAAUACAUCUUAAGUGA